AUGGCGGCGCGUCAAUCAACACCAAACUCCGAUCACUCACACUCUGAUAAUGUUCGCAAGCGUGUAUGCAAGGCUUGCGAUCGGUGUCGCUUGAAGAAAUCUAAGUGUGACGGAUCAUCCCCAUGUUCACGCUGUCGGGCAGACAAUGCUGUCUGUGUCUUCGGCGAGCGAAAGAAGGCUCACGAUAAAGUGUACCCGAAGGGUUACGUUGAGAUGCUAGAACAGCAACAAGCCUGGUUGGUCCACGGACUCCAGGAGCUUUAUCGUCGCAGCACCACCGGUGAAGGCUGGCCGGGCGAUCGAUUGAAGGCCGAGCCCAACGGCCACCCAUUGACACACGAUCUGCUGACCCGCUUGGGCGCUCUCGAUCAUACCAAGGGCGAACACUUUGAGGAGAGCCCAGACUCCAUGCAACAAGACUUAUGGCGCCACGGCAUGCAGCGUCAAGAAUCAUCGGACGGUAGCUCCGAAGCCCAAUCGCCGGUCGCUCGUACACGUUUCUCGUCCGAUGCUUUCUCACAGUCCCAAUCUCAAACUCAGACUAUGCCCCCGACGCCUCCAACGUAUCACCAAAGCCCGACGGCUCGCGUCCCUAUUAAGCAAGAAGAUACUAUGUCUGGGAACCCAUCUUAUGGCAUGUCUAUGUCCGGCGUUGUCAACCCACUUGCACUACAGAGUCCACAGCAAUGGCCGACCAGUGGAUUUGGUUCCUUUGAUGAUAUGGAAAUGAUGUCUUCAGCGGAUUACUCGAGCUUGUCUUUUGACGAGCAGAUCCCGUCACCAAUGUUUAAUCGUCAGAUGCCGAUGAACUGUGUCUCUUCAACAGACUAUGAGGAUUUCAACCAGUUCCUCAAUCCGAAUCCUACAGAGAUCACCUCGAUCUAA